AUGUAUACCGAAAGGCAGGGAUCCCGGGGGACGGCAUCAUGGAUAUCCUCGCUGUCACGAUGGAAUAAAGCUACGUAUAGGAGCCACAGCACAUCGGCAGAUGAAGCGGAGAAUGAAGACCCGGAAAGAGUCCCAUUUUUGCAACCAUCAGAUCGGUCACUGCGAAGUGAUGCCGACAAGAGAUCUCCCCAUAAUCCUAUUCCAAGUGCAUUUGCGGUUACUAUAACCGCCUGUAUCGUUAUGCUAAUAUUGGACAUCGCAUCUUCGGUUCCAACGGCGCCUCGAAUGGUGAUUUUUGAGGACAUUAUUUGUCGUAACCACUACGCAGCAUGGUGGGAUAUUUCGAAGCUGGGGGACUGCAAAGUGAAAGCGGUUCAGGGUGAGCUCGCUUUGAUAAAUGGAUGGAAGGAAACAUUUGAAAAGAUUCCUGCCUUGUUGGUGUCAAUACCUUAUGGAGCCUUAGCGGAUCGUAUUGGACGUAAGAAGGUUUUGCUCCUUGCCCUGACCGGAUGUUUGCUUUGUGAUACAUGGGUGGCAAUAAUGCAAGGUCUUUUCCCACGAGUCUUCCCCCUUCGCGCAGUAUGGGUGUCUGGUCUAUGGCAGCUAGUUGGAGGAGGUGGCGCAUUGGUCAUUUCCAUGUGCUAUACACUGAUAGGUGAUGUUUGUUCUCCUGAGAAGCGGACCACUGCCUUUUCUCAACUAUACGCUGCUGUGCUCAUCUCGGAGUUGAUAUCUAUUCCACUGGGUUCUGCUCUUAUCUCACUCGAUCCGUGGAUACCAGUCCUGGGAUCUCUGGGUUUCAUGGCCCUGGGAAUUCUUUUUGCGCUGCUAUUUGCGCCCAACUUCGUCAACUCCGCUGCAAAGUCCCAAGAUUGUGAAAGGGAUAUCCAGAGCCAGGGCCCGAAUUCUGUGGCUCCGGGCAAGAUGCGGGAUCGGUUAAGUUACACUUGGGCCAAAGUAGGCGAUAAUUGUCAAUGGAUAACUAGGGACGUCUGCUUGAUGCUUGGUGCCUUCUUCAUGUGCCAGUUGAGCCGGCAGGGUUCCGGAAUACUUCUUCAGUACAGUUCCUUUAAGUUCAAUUGGGGAUAUGCAAAGGCCUCGUAUCUCAUUUCCCUUCGUUCCGGGAUAAACCUGGUGGUCUUAGCUACACUAAUACCCGCUCUCAAACGACUGUUUACCAAAUUCUGGAGGACUCGCCAAACACAAUCCGACAAAUACAUUACCUUGAUCAGUGGCUUGUGUCUAGCUCUUGGGUCGUUUAUUAUCUUCCUCGCUGCUUCCCCUGGAUUUCUGAUCCUGGGGCAGAUUGUCUCUUCUAUCGGAUUUGCUUUCGCGGUUACUGCCCAUAGCCUCCUGACUGCUAUGGUCGAUCCACGCCAUUUGGGCCUUGCGAAUACCGGAGUGACGGCUACGAAUUCUGUUGGCCACAUGGCCGGAGGGCCGCUGCUGGCGACCAUAUUUCAGUGGGGGUUACAAAUGGGGGGCUUCUGGGUUGGAAUUCCCUUUCUAUUCACCGCGGCUCUGCUCUCGAUUGCUACUCUAGCGGUAUCUAUUUCCAACGCGCCAUGA